AUGGAUUUUGCCAACAAAUUUAUUCUUACUCGCCAUACCAAGACAGUCAAUGUAUUGGCUGUGAGCAUGCAUGGAGCAUUGCUCCUUACAGGAGGCAAUGAUAGUAGAGUCGUGGUAUGGAGCCUCACAUCUGGUGAAAUGAUUCAAGAAAUUGUUUCACCAGCGGCAGGAUAUAUUAGUGCGAUCACUUGGAUUGAUGUCGACGAUCGUGGAGAGACAACCUUUGCAUUCGGGGCGUCAGAUGGCAACGUCCAAAUCUAUGAAAGAACUGAUGAUGCACUUUUCGAAUUUUGCAGUACUACGAUUGGUCACUCGGGUCUGGUAGAGUCGCUUGCUUGGGAUCCCGUGCAUCAUCGACUGGCGAGUGCCGGUGACGGUCGGCCCCACGUUUGGAACUUCACACCAGACAAAACUCUCGUUUUCAUCACCUCAAAGCUCAAUAAGCAGCCAUAUGUGGCGCGCACGGUACACUUCUACGAUAAUGGUACUUCAAUACUAGUAUUGUAUCUUGAAAGCGGUGAAAUUUUCUGCUAUUCCAUCGAACCCUGGGAUUUAAAGUGGCACAAGAAAGUCCAGGGAAGGAUGAAUACUACCCUCAAGGGCAAUUUCCUCCUUGUAAGCAAUCUUAAAGACGGGGUUGACAAAUAUUCUGUGCCUAGCCUUCAAUGUGUCCAGUCUUACAGCCAUGUGAUCCUGUGCAAUGUGCCUUUGCAAAUCUCCAUUGCUCGACAAGCAGGGCUCAUUUUCAUCGGGGGCGACGAUGGUUUUGCUCGCAUAUUUAAUUAUAGUACUGGUGCAUUCCGAGGUCAGUUGGAACAUGCCAAUUGGGGCGAUCAUUCGUACAAAGGGCGCACUGGGUGCAUUGUUGUUACCAGCAGCUGCUUUGAUGGGCACAGUAGUGUGAAGGUCUGGGCGGAGGGCGAAUUGACAUUGACGGAGGACAACAAGACCCAUAAGUUACCCUCAGCGGGAUCUUCACCUGCCUUCCAGCUGCUUUGGUUUGCGAUUAUUUGCGUGCUCAUGAACAUGGUCAUGCAUGCUCUUCAGUCGGGCACAGUAUCAGAACUUUUCCUCUUACUUCAAGGCAGUGUGACACGUGUCAUUGGGGCUUUGUAA